CUCCUCCCCAUCUCCGUUCCAUCUGUGGUGCAACAAAUAAAAGUUAGAGAGAGAAACUUAGUAAAGGAUAAAUAUUUUUUACUUGUUCUUAGUGUUAUUAUGGUAAUGUUUGGUUUUGGACACAUACCUUCUCUCUCUCUCUCUCUCUCUCUCUCUCUCUCUCUCCUUUCUUUCUGUCCUUCUGAUGAAAUCUGACCUUCAAACAUCACUUCCGGGCUCUUCUUCUGCUCUUAGCUACCCUCUUUCUUUCCUUCUCAGAUCAAACCUUGUUCAGUAAGAGAAAUCUUUUCUUGCACCCAUGAGGAUUAGGAAAAGACCGGUGCCCUUCCCUCUAUCUUUUCUUUCUCCACUACCUAUUUCAGAUCCCCACUUCAGCCGCUCCCCGGUGGUGCAACUUCAACUUAACACCAACCCACUUUACAAUCUUCCUCAAGACGAUCACACACCUACCUUUUUCGAUCCUCAGUCGUUUGAUCAACCAAAUCAUCAACCGAUCGGCGGUGGAAGGAACCGCCCUGUUUGCUCUGAUCGCACUGUAGCUCAGGGGGAGGCCAAAGAUUUUCCGAAAGAUGAGAGUGGAGGGGGAGGAGGAGGAGGAGGAGGAGGAGGAGGAGGAGGAGAAAGCAGUAAUGAUUCCAGAUGGGGGAGUUUCUUGGGUGCAGAAACAGAAACUAUGGUUCAUCAACUAUCAAAUUCGUCCCAUCAAGCAGUCGGGAGAUGGUGUGAGGGGGAUAAAGCAUUUCCAUUAAAGAAGAGGAGAGGGAACUUUGAAAGAUCGAAGGAAGAAACAGCAGUGGCCAAAGAUAAGAAAAUGAAGACAAAAAUGAACAAGAAAUGUCUGCAACGAAAUGGUGAUCAAGAAGAAGAAGAAGACAAGGUAACCAAAGAGGGCAUCGAUGCUGGUAAUACUAGUAGUGGUAAAAGGAGGGUUAGAGGUGGUGUACUCAUGGAGGGAUCGCAGUGUAGUCGUGUCAAUGGGAGAGGAUGGAGGUGUUGCCAACAGACGCUUGUGGGAUACUCUCUAUGUGAACAUCAUCUGGGAAAAGGAAGGCUGCGAAGCAUGACCAGUGUUCGGAGCCGAACCAUGGGGAGUGCUACAGCAUCAAACAAGGCCAUAUCAUCCCAGCCAUUACCAAGCACCUCAUUACCAUCGGAAGAUAAAGAACAAAAGCAUCUUUUUCCAGGCAAUAAACUUGGUGGAGAAGGUGAAGAAGAAGAUGAUAAAAAGAAGCCAUCGAUGGUCUCAAAGAAGAAGAAGAAGCUAGGCAUAGUGAAAGCUCGAUCAAUAAGGUGCUUGUUAGGCCAAGCAAACAAUGCGAUUGCAGUAGCAGAGAAUAACAAGUAGGGUUUGCGGCAACCUUUUGAACGCAGAAUCAGGAUCAUUAUUUUCAUGUUCUUGUUUUUGAAAGAAAAUUAAAGAUUUGAGCUCAUGUUGCACCUAGAGCAACAAUUUUUAAGUCCCCUUCGGUGCUUGAGAUUCUUUAUGAAGAUCAAAGGGAUGCUUGAUAAAGUGUUUCAUAUAUA